AUGGCGUCGGUGUUUAUCUCUUGGUACUUUACUUCAGCAACAUCGGCAAAAAAUCAUAUUCGGGUUUUUAUGCCAUUAGUGGUGUGUUGGUUUCUUUGGGUUGCUAGGAACCAGGAGCGCUUUCAGGGAGUACGGUGGGAGGUGAACAAGAUAAUCCGUGAGGUGGAUUAUUUUUGGGAACAGCUUGGGAAGGCAAAUAAGCUUCGCCGGUCGCAUUUCACGGGGGAUGUCGAUUGUGAGUUGGUUCAAUGGGUCAAGGCUCAUUCUCGGAGAAGGGCUCCGUGUGCGAUUGCCUGGAUCAAACCGCCGCCUGGUGUGCUGAAACUCAAUUCGGACGCCAGUGUGGUUCAAGGUCUGGCCACGGGUGGUGGUCUGCUGCGCGAUUGUCAGGGGAAAUUGAUUUUUGCUUUCUACAAGGAGUUCGGGGAUCAGGAUGUGUUAGGGGCGGAGUGUAUGGCAUUAUUGUUUGGUCUGCAGUUGUGUUCACAAAAGGGGCUGCGUCCUUCGUUGGUGGAGGUGGACUCCAAGGCUUUGGUACAGUUGGUCGUUUCGGGGGCUAUUGCUAAAUGGCAUUUGUGUAACAGUUUGAGGAAAGUGAGAGGUCUCCUCAAGGAAUUCACUGCUUCCAUUUCACAUAUUUACCGUGAGGCCAACGUACCUGCAGACCGGUUAGCUGCGGUUGGGGCAACUGGUGCCCAGGUAUAUGAGCACGAGCUCCAGCUGCCGGCGAUGGUUAGGGCUGCUAUUCUCCUUGACUCUCGUGGGGUGCCGGGUGUGCGUUGGAUAAAUGAAGGCGAUUAG